AUGGUUCAUGCCCCAAUGGCAACAGACGCUUCGAGCUCUACAAUGCGGGCUUCGUCAACUAACGCAUCAAUCGGCAUAGCGUCCUCAACUCGCGGAAAACCAAUGGCCAACGGGAAUUCAAGUAACCCGGCUGUUGCAUCACUCCCGCUGAGUGCAAUGCAAUCACCUCCCCUCGAUUUGGCCAGUGUCGAGAGGAGGGGACAACCAACUGCUAGUCGGGAGUCAAGUAAAAAGUUUCGGUCACAUCAACUGCAGGAAGCGCCAACCUACAGACCCACCGAAGAUGAAUUUAAGGAUCCCUUUGCAUACAUAAAGAGCAUUGCACCAGAAGCCAGCCAAUAUGGUAUCUGCAAAAUCAUACCACCAGACUCGUGGAGACCAGAAUUCGCGAUAGAUACAGAACGAUUUCAUUUCCGUACACGAAAACAGGAACUAAAUUCGGUUGAAGGAAGUACUCGUGCAAAUCUUACAUAUCUUGAUCAGCUUGCCAAGUUCCACAAGCAACAUGGCACAAACCUCAAUCGGUUCCCAAGUGUCGAUAAGAGACCUCUUGAUCUUUACAAGCUCAAAAAAGCUGUCGAGGCACGAGGAGGAUUCGAAAAAGUAUGCAAGCUCAAAAAGUGGGCAGAAAUCGGGCGAGAUCUUGGAUACAGUGGUAAAAUAAUGUCGUCGCUAUCCACAUCACUUAAAAACUCCUACCAAAGAUGGUUAUAUCCGUACGAAGAAUAUCUUAGAGUUGUCAAACCAGGCGUCCAUCAGCAGUUGGAGUAUGAGUAUGGAGGACCUCUGACUCCAUCGCCUGCUCCAUCACCCCUAAAAAAGUCACACCAAAAUACACCCUCAAACCUUCAUCCUGACUCACCAGCCAUACGGGCAUCCGAUGCGCUAAACGCCACGAUGAAAACUGAGAGUGGGUUUACUCCGGUAAAUGUCACACCCUCUACAUUUACACCAGUGAAUAUCGUCCGAAAAGAUAGGGAAGAGAGUAACGGAUUUACUCCACCUCCAAGAAGGCCAUUUGAUAGCCCAACUUCUUCUAAUAAGAAUACUCCCGAACAUAGAUCUUUGCAUCUUGGCAAUUCAGUACUUACCAGUUCCAAUUCGACUUCUUCUAAUUCUGUUCCGAAGCGUCAGUGUAGCCUUGAAGGCUUCGAACCUCGAGAAAAGUCAAACCAAGCCGAAGUUAGCGAAAGUGGUGGGCGUCGUAGCAAGCGACUUAAAAAAAACGCCGUCCCAACAGUUGCUGGGUCUCACAUGACAUUGUUUAGACCUACCCCCCCAAGGAUUCCAGGAGCACAAGGCUCCUCGCUACCUGGCGAAAAAUGUGAACAGUGCGGUAAAGAUGAAGACCCUGAAAAUCUUCUGAUUUGUGAAUCCUGCGACGUCGGAUACCACAUUAAUUGUCUUGAUCGACAAGCUCUUCAUAAAACCGACUACGACUGGCACUGUGCCCGAUGUUUAGUUGGUGACGGCCAGUAUGGUUUCGAAGAAGGCGGAAUAUAUUCGCUUAAGCAAUUUCAAGAAAAGGCAGCGGAUUUUAAAGAGGGUUAUUUCCAGAACAAAAUGCCAUUUGAUCCCGUUUUCAACUGUCCACGGCCCGUAACCGAAGAUGAUAUUGAACGAGAAUUUUGGAGGCUGGUAGCAAGCCUUGAGGAAACUGUCGAAGUUGAAUAUGGAGCUGAUAUUCAUUCUACGACACACGGGAGUGGUUUUCCUACGAUAGAGAAAAAUCCCCAAGAUCCGUACGCGACUGAUCCAUGGAACCUAAAUAUAAUGCCACUUCAUUCAGAUUCCCUUUUCCGUCAUAUCAAGUCCGACAUUUCUGGUAUGACUGUACCAUGGCUAUAUGUGGGCAUGAUUUUUUCGACCUUUUGUUGGCACAAUGAAGAUCAUUAUGCAUAUUCAGCUAACUAUCAGCAUUUCGGCUCUACAAAAACUUGGUACGCAAUUCCAGGCGCGGACGCCACAAACUUUGAGAAUGCAAUGCGUGAAGCAGUUCCCGAACUUUUCGAGACUCAACCCGAUCUUCUCUUUCAGCUUGUGACUUUACUCACCCCCGAGCAACUUAAAAAAGCCGGUGUUAACGUAUACGCUCUUGAUCAAAGAGCAGGUCAGUUUGUAAUCACCUUCCCCCAGGCAUAUCACGCUGGAUUUAAUCAUGGAUUCAACUUUAACGAAGCUGUAAACUUUGCACCUCAGGACUGGGAACCCUUUGGAGACUCGGGAGUAGAAAGAUUGCAGCAAUUUAGAAGGCAACCUUGUUUCUCACAUGACGAGCUUCUAUGGACAGCAGCCGAAGGUUCUGCUACAGGUGGGGUCACGAUAGAAACAGCAAAAUGGCUCGCGCCUGCGCUUAGCCGCCUUCGUGAACGAGAAAUCAUUCAGCGAAGGGCUCUCAUCGAAAAACGGCAAGAAUAUGUCAGUCUACACUCUGCAACAAAUAAUACCGAAAAUACUGAAGUUUCGAGCGAUGAAAUGAAUUAUGUUGUCGAUAAAGUGGACGUCCCUGAGGAUGAGUAUCAGUGUACCUACUGUAAGGCUUACUGUUAUAUAUCUCGGUUCAAAUGCAGUAUAAGUGGCAAGGUUCUAUGCCUGCUCCAUGCUGGAACUCAUGAAUGCUGCGAGACCAACGAGGCCGAGCGCUAUACCGAUACCAAUCAUGUACUACACUAUCGUCGAACAUUAGAGGCCAUCGAGUCCAUGCUCCAAAAGGUUAUCAACAGAGCACAACUUCCAGAGCAGUGGGAGGAAAAGUAUAACAAUAUUUUAAGAGACGAUGCGAGCCCACCCCUCAAGGCACUGCGAGCCCUACUAAAUGAAGGUGAACGUAUACCGUAUGAACUGAAAUCACUUCCAGAUCUACGUGCCUUUGUCGAGCGAUGUAAUGAAUGGGUGGAUGAGGCUACCGGCUUCACCGUUAGAAAACUUCAAAAUCGUCGCAAGAAUGAACGUGUUUGGAGAAAGAAUAGCAAGUCGACUGAAAUAGAAGAACGUGACCGCGGAUUCCGAAACGUUGAAAACCUAUUUAAGCUAAUCGAGCAAGCAAAAAAAUUGGGAUUUACCUGUACUGAAACUACGCAACUGAACGAGAGGGCAUGGGCUAUCAAGCAGUUUUGUCAUGACGCAAAUGAUGCUCUAAACCAUGUUGUUUUACGUAAGACUCGGGAUUUUGAGGAUCUUCUUGAACAUGGCAAGGAGUUUAACGUUUACAUGCCUGAAGUUGAGAAACUAGAGAGAGUCGUACAGCAAAUGAAGUGGAAUGAUCGUGCUCGUGACACUCGUGGAAUGCUUUUAAGCCUUAAGGACGUUUCAAGCCUAAUUGAGGACGGUGUCAAACUUGAGAUUCCUGAUUACAAUGAUUAUCUUACUCAUUAUAGAGAACAAUACUCCCAAGGUCUAGCAUGGGAGGAAAAGGCUAAAGAGCUAAUAAAGGCAGAGAUUGUUCAUUAUCCACAGCUUGAGGCGCUCUCGCAACAAGCUCAGGCAAUGGCACUCCCUGUAUCACCAGAAACUCUGGGUGCUGUCAACCAAAUAUUAAAUACGCAACGAGAAGCUCACAGAAAAAUUGCUGCGUUACUUGAUCGAAGUCGGAAUCCAGAUAUUACCAUGCGGCCAACUUACUCUGAAGUCCGUGAAACAAUGGAACGCCUGGCAGAAAUGUAUAAUAAACCCAACGGAACAGCUGAUCUUGAAAAAGAGCUUAAGCGACAUGAGGAUUGGAUGCGCAGAGGAAAAAAGCUUUUCGGGAAAGCUAAUGCUCCUCUUCAUAUUCUCAAGACCCAUAUGGAAUAUGUCCUAGUUCGAAAUUUGGACUGUUUUGAUAUCAAAGCUGAUAAGCCUAGGAUGCCUGCAGAACCUGCAUCAAGAGAUAUUACUCCAGUUGAUGAUGACAAUAAAUCGCACAGUUGGGAAAACCCAAGAUUCCGCGAAGUUUUCUGUAUCUGUCGGAAAGUUGAAGCUGGAAUGAUGAUUGAGUGCGAACUUUGUCAUGAAUGGUAUCACGGUAAAUGUCUUAAGAUUGCACGCGGGAAAGUUAAAGACGACGACAAGUACACGUGCCCUAUUUGCGAUUGGCGUGUAAAAAUACCUCGAGAUGCAGCUCGACCAAAAAUUGAAGAUCUUCAAAGCUGGCAAGAUGAUAUUGUAAAUCUACCGUUUCAGCCUGACGAAGAAAUCGUUUUGGACAAAAUUAUUAAAAAUGCAUUGGAAUUUCGACAACAUGUGGCACCUUUCUGCAAUCCUGUCAUGGCAACUGCUGAAGAAUGCGAGACUCAGCGCUUCUAUCUUCGUAAAAUCGAGGGGGCAGAAAUUCUGUUAGCUUUUGAGAACAACUUCUUUCGACAAGAACUCCACAGAUGGUCUCCUGUCGCUCUAGAGCCGCCACCAAUACUUCAGAUUUCCAAAUCGACUCGUAAGCCUCGUCCGACAAAGCUGCAAAAACUAAUGGCUCACCAUGGAGUUGAUGAUCCUGAGGCUUUGCCUCAAAAUCUUAAAGCCCGAUCACAUAACUUUAAGCGAAAAUCUAGUGAAUCAUCAGCCCGCCCUUCAGUUGCAACUAAUUCAGGACACUUAGACCCCAGUAUUUCGAAUUCGCAGUUGUUCAGUGCAUCCAAUACAAUUCUACCAGAAUUGUAUAGCCUCUCAUCUGCGCAAGAGCAUCAGAAUCCCCAUUUCAACACAUUUUCUGUCGGUCAAGAGCCAAAUUUCACUCUAAUACCUCACUCAAACUCACCGAACACCGCUUUUACGCCUAAUGGUUUACUCAACUAUGAAAUUCAAAAUUCUGGAUUUGGGGGAAACCCACGACAGCCAGGAAGCUUCAACGUAGCAGGCUAUGGUCGUAUAGACCCAGUAGUGCUUGAAGCAGAUAAUAACAGUCCAAUGAGAGAUUCGUUUGCCGCUAGCAGUCAUAGAACUACAGGUAUUUUCGAUGAUUUAACAAACGAUAUUGACGAUAAUGUAAGUAAAGAUGAGAAAUCGUCACCAAGACCGGAAAAAGAUAGGUGGGAGGCAGAUGAAGAGAUGGAAAUGUUCAUUAACGGCCCCUAA